GUCGCAGGUGCCCAUUUACACAUACAGCAACUUCGAAGCUGGCCUUCUUUCUUUUUCGAAUCACUAUCAUUAAUCUCAAAUACUAAACUUGAUAUUUCCCAAUAUGCCUUCUUUAAGUACAGCACUUUUGGCUCUGGCCGCCUCAGCACCGGCAGUUCUAGGCCACGGCCACGUUCGAAGAGUGAUCGUUGACGGUGUAACUUACCCGGGCUAUGAGCGUUGGUCAAACGAAGAUCAAAGCCAAGCUGUCACAUGGCAAUUCACGACGGAAGACGAGGGACCAGUUCCGGUAACAUCACUCAGCGACCCCGAUAUCAUCUGCCAUCUUGGAGCGACAAAUGCCCAAGCCUCGAUCCCAGUGGCUGCCGGUUCCCAGUUACAGGUCGUACGUUUUAAUACGAUAGGCGGCUUCGAGCACCCCGGUCCCGAGAUGCACUAUCUCGCUCCGUGCGGUGAUGCUGGUUGCGCCAAUGUCGACAAGAACAACCUUCGAUUCUUCAAGUUCUUUGAGAACGGUCUCGUUCAGGGCGGCAUGGCAGAUAGCCCUCAGUGGGAAACCCAGAAGUGGGCUACUACUGAAGUCCACAAGAACGUUCAGCCGGAGGGAGAAGGGUUUGUUGACACAUUCACGGUCACCAUUCCUGCGAACAUCAGGCCUGGCCCUUACGUCCUUCGACACGAGAUUCUUGGAUUGCACAAGGCCCAUGAAGGUCAAGCAGAGUUCUACCCUCAGUGCAUCAACCUCGAGAUUUCAGGCUCUGGUGACCAGCAACCGGAGGGUGUGCCUGCUACCGAAAUGUAUCACAGCAGCGACCCUGGUGUUGCUCUGGAUAUCUGGGUCGAUCUUGAGUCGUACCAAAUUCCCGGACCGGCAGUCUCUAACCUCUCCUUCAAGCGGGAUACCAAAGCACGCGCUACCAAGCGUCACCCCCGAGACCUCAAGCACUAAAUUCUCUCGCCGGUUACUUGAGGUAGACUUCCAGCAAGUCUUCUAAAAUUAUCUCACGAGCUAUUACUGUAUUCUAUUCAUUUUCUCUCCGCCUGCCCUGGACAUACUUUACAUUUCGCAUGUACAAUUGAUUAAGAUGUAUAUACUUGCCUUUUAUAUUCGACUUGUCUAAGAUCUGGC